AUGUCAGACACGAAUGACUAUUUUAUGCACUUCUCUUCGAAUUCUCCAGUGCUUGGGUUAACGUGGCGCAAGUUGGUGUUUGGAAUCUGUUUCUUCCAUGCGAUCAUUCUGGAACGGAAAAAAUACGGUCCAUUGGGUUGGAAUAUCGGAUACGACUUCAACGAUUCCGAUCGCGAAUGUGCCUUGCUCAAUCUGGACAUGUUUUGUCAGGAUUCUGAAGUCCCUUGGGAUGCUUUGACCUAUGUGACCUCGGAGAUCACAUACGGAGGUCGCGUGACUGAUUUCUGGGAUCAGCGUUGUUUGCGUACUAUUUUACAACGAUUCUUCCACCCGAAAACCUUGGAACCAAUGUACAAAUACUCGUCAUCCGGUCUGUACUAUCCACCGGAUGAGGACCUUUUGCAAGAUUUCAAGGAAUAUGUGCUCAAUUUGCCAUUAAAUGCAUCACCGGAGCUAUUCGGUAUGCACGAGAAUGCGAAUUUGAUUCAGGAAACUAACACUCUAAUCACCACAAUUCUCGGUGUACAACCUCGUGUGGGUGCCAGUGAAACUGGAAAAACCAGCGAUGAUGUGGUAUACGAUUUGGCUGAGAACAUUCUAGCCAAAUUACCGGAUCGAUUGAAUUUGGAGAGUGCAAAACCGGAAUUUUUCGAAACAGACCGAAAAGGUCGUGUGGACUCAUUGACCACUGUCAUGACACAAGAAGUGGAUCGAUUCAACAAAUUACUGAAGAUUGUCAAAGACUCGAUGAAAGAACUUCAACGGGCUAUCAAAGGUUUCGUGGUCAUGUCGGAAAUUUUGGAACAGAUCUACACAUCGUUCUUGCACAACCAAGUUCCGAACAUGUGGGCCAAUAAUGCCUAUCCCAGUCUGAAACCGUUGUCGUCGUGGGUAAAAGAUUUGGCUCUUCGAUGCGAUUUCAUCAACACGUGGAUGACACGCGGUCGACCGCGAUCGUUCUGGAUUUCAGGCUUCUUUUUCCCACAAGGUUUUUUGACUGGAACUUUGCAGAACUAUGCACGAAAAUAUGAUUACCCGAUUGAUCAUCUGUCCUUUGAGUUUACCGUAUUGCCACACUAUCGGGAUCAGGAGGCUGUUUCUAAAGCAAUCGCACAGUUGCCUUUCAAUCAUAUUUUGGAGCAGGACAAAGCGGUUGAAGAACCGGAAGACGGCGUUCUUGUGCACGGGCUAUUUAUGGAUGGUUUCCGCUGGAAUGAUGAAACGAUGGAAUUGGCCGAUUCAAUCCUGGGUGAAAUGUUGUCACCCAUGCCGAUGCUGCACAUGAAACCGGAAAUGGACUAUGUACCGGAUCCGAAAAAAUAUAUCGCACCGCUUUACAAAACCUCGGCUCGCGCGGGUGUCCUUUCUACAACUGGUCAUUCCACUAAUUUCAUUGUGGAAAUCGGUUUACCGCAUUCAAUGACCUCGGACUAUUGGAUUGAGAAAGGUGCCGCUUUGCUCUCCAUGCGUGAUGACUAA